GAGCGGGGAGUCUCACAGCGGAACAACCAAGCAACGAGACCCUGUCAAACCUCUUGAAGAGGAGUUUGGGUUACAUGGAACCUCAAUAUUUUAGUCAGCCGUCUGUGUAUUUAUUAUUUUAUUUUAUUUUUAAGUAAUUUAAGCUGUUAGGGAAUUAUUAUCUAGUAUAUUGUAUUGUAGCCUAUAUUUGGUGCUGUAUAUUUUAGCAUUUACAGUUUAGACCUACCGCCCGCAAGCCGUGCCCAAUGCCGAGGAAUGGAUAGUGUGUCUGGCAAAGGUGGAAAGAUGGUCGAAAGUGAUGAACAGUCGGAGAGGGUUAGUGGCGGUGGCGCAGCGAUGGCCGCGCUACACCAAUGCGAACUCAUCCAGAACAUGAUCGAAAUCUCCAUCUCCAGUUUACAAGGGCUCCGGACAAAAUGCGCCGCGUCCAACGAUCUCACCCAGCAAGAGAUACGCACUUUAGAGGUGAAGCUGGUGAAGUACGUCUGUAAGCAACUGCAGUGCAAACAGAAAGUGCCGGAAAGCGAGAGGCCCCAGGCUCUGGAUGGCUAUCCGCGGCUAGGGGACUGGCUGCGCACAAUCAACCUGCGACCUGAACUUAUAGAGGCAGUUCCAGUGAAGCUGUCCCUGGAUGCUCUGCUGCAGAUGUCUGGCUCUCAGGUGCGGGAGACCAUGAAGAGACUGGGCUCCAGCUCAGAGGAGUGCUCUCGGCUCACUGCUGCCCUCUCCUGUCUAAAGAGUGCCACUGAAUCAGGAGGGGAGCUGAAAGAGGAAGGGGUGCCAUGGAUAACGGAGCCCACCCGUCGCGACAGCGGGACUCUGGCCCCUCCAGACCCGCUGUCCUGCCCCGGGGGAGCCCUGCGGUCCCACAGCCCCUCUCCCCUGGCCCGGCCCCUCGGCACGCCCUCGGGCCCCUGCGCCCACCUGCGCUCAGCGUCCACGUCGGCCGUGCCCUCCUCUGAUGGCCAGGGGCCCUGCGUCUACGGCGACGGCCUCUCGGACCCUUUCCCCCCCUCCCCCAGGCCCGGCCGCAUCCACGGUCACGUGGCCACGCCCCCCGGCACCCCGCCUUCCAAGAGACGGCACCGGCUGAAGCCCCCCUGCACGCCUCCCCCGCCCUCCAGGAAAGUGCUCCACCUCCUCCCCAACAUCACCCUCACACGCAGCAAGAGCCACGAAUCACAGCUGGGCAAUAGAAUCGAGGAGCCGCCCCUCAACAAGUGUGCAAAGAAGAACAAGCUGUUCCUCAACGUGCACAUCAACGGCAGCGGCAACGGGUGCGAGGACGCCUCAUCCCGCUCCCCCCUGCUCGCUGCCCGCACCCCUGGGGUGGCCCAGACGCCCUCCACUGCCCCCUACACCCUGCCCGGCACCCCAACACUUCUGGAGGAGCACAGCGGCCUAAAGAAUAAUCUGGCCAUGCAUCGAAGUUCUCCCCAGGCAGUGAGGAGGGAUAUCGGCCUCGCUGUUACACACAGGUUUUCUACCAAGUCCUGGCUCUCACAGACAUGUCAAGUGUGUCAGAAGAACAUGAUGUUUGGGGUGAAAUGCAAACACUGCAGGCUAAAGUGCCAUAACAAAUGUACAAAAGAGGCCCCUUCCUGCAGAAUAUCAUUUAUCCCAAUGGCAAAGAUUCGGAGGACAGAGUCCGUGCCGUCAGACAUCAAUAACCCCGUGGAUCGUCCAGCUGAGGUGCCGCAGUUUGGCACGUUACCAAAGGCGAUAACCAAAAAGGACCACCCUCCGGUACUGAACCAGCUGGACUCCAGCAGCAACCCGUCCUCCACCACCUCCUCCACCCCCUCCUCACCUGCCCCCUUCCAGCAGAGUAACCCUCCCAGCGCCACACCACCCCCCAACCCCUCACCCAAGGGACCCCGAGACAACCGCUUUCACUUCCCAGCUGCCUGCUACUUUCAGCAUAGACAGCAGUUUAUCUUCCCUGAUGUACCUGGCUCUGCUUCCCUGCACUCAGAAGCUCUCCAGGACACAGUUGAGAACGAGCAGUCAGUGAACGACCCGAAGUCGCAUCUGGCAGGGGAGGAGGUAGAGGAACUGAAUGAAGAGGAGGAAGCAGAGGAGGAUGAAGAAGCGGCGGAAGAAGAGGAGGAGGAGGAGGGGGAGGCAGGGGCGGACGGGAAAGGGGGCUCUGAAGCGGAGGGGGACGGCGACGAGCUGGACGACCUGCCGAGCUCGCGGGGCAGCCACUGGAAGGGCCCCAUCUCGCGCAAGGCCAGCCAGACCAGCGUGUACCUGCAGGAGUGGGACAUCCCCUUCGAACAGCUGGACCUGGGCGAGCUCAUCGGGAAGGGCCGCUGGGGCAAGGUGCACAAGGGCCGCUGGCACGGUGAAGUGGCCAUCCGCCUGCUGGAGAUCGACGGCAACAACCAGGACCACCUGAAGCUCUUCAAGAAGGAGGUGAUGAACUACAGGCAGACGCGGCACGAGAAUGUGGUGCUCUUCAUGGGAGCCUGUAUGGCCCCGCCCCACCUGGCCAUCAUCACCAGCUUCUGCAAAGGACGGACACUAUACUCAGUUGUGAGAGACACCAAAAACACGCUGGACAUUAACAAGACGAGGCAAAUCGCUCAGGAAAUCGUAAAGGGAAUGGGCUAUCUCCACGCAAAGGGUAUAGUGCACAAGGACCUGAAGUCCAAGAACGUGUUUCAUGACACAAACAAGGUGAUCAUCACCGAUUUCGGGCUUUUCGGGAUCUCGGGUGUGGUUCAGGAAGGAAGGAGGGAGAACGAGCUGAAGCUCCCUCACGGCUGGAUCUGCUACCUGGCGCCCGAGAUUGUGCGGAAGAUGCGCCCGGGCAAAGACGAGGACCACCUGCCCUUCUCCAACGCCGCCGACGUCUACGCCUUCGGAACUAUAUGGUAUGAGCUCCAGGCCCGGGAUUGGCCGAUUACCAACCAGCCCGUGGAAGCCACCAUCUGGCAGGUGGGCAGUGGAGAGGGCAUUAAGAAGGUGCUGGCAGAGAUCAGCCUGGGCAAGGAGGUCACGGAGAUCCUGUCUGCCUGCUGGGCGUACGACCUGCGCGAGAGGCCCUCGUUCACCCAGCUGGCCGACAUGCUGGAGAAACUGCCCAAACUCAACCGCAGGCUCUCCCACCCCGGACACUUCUGGAAGUCUGCAGAGUACGUAUCCUAGGACGGGGGCUCGCUGGACUUCCUGCUUGGCUUUCACCCUUGAGCCCUGAUGCAUCCUGCCAUUCCAACCAUCCCCCACCCACCCCACCCCCCCAUCUCCAUCUUAGGGCCACUUCCACAGGGGAUGACACCAGGGGAAAGGGGGAAAGGACACAGUGAUAUUCUGCCGGACGGCCUCUGUAACUGGGAUCAGAAUCACUUUGAAACAUUGGGACACAGUGCUGGUGGAGACUGCAGAGACCACAAAAGGGCCCUCUCAAAGAACCGCUCCCUAUGCUAGUGAUGUGCUCAUUCCACACACUCCUGCCCAACACACACAUACACACACACAUACACACUAAAAUGCAGGCUCUGCUUAACACUAAAUUAACUUUGUUAGGAGAGUUCAUCCGGCCCUCUAGGCUGUGACACAGAUUAAGGACCUAACCGGCACUUUCUACUGCAAAAGCAAGAGGAACCAUGUUGCUGAAAAAGGACCUUAUUUGUGGAUUUGUAUCGUUUAGCGCUGCAGCAUUUCAUGUACGAUUGCUGUGAAACUGUGUCUUUCAAACAUUAGCUUUCAUACACCAGUUCCUGCAGUGCUACAGCUCGUUUCCUUUAAACAUUGUAGCAAUUGAUAUUGGGUUGCUGUGAAUUUCUUUUAAAGAACAGAGAAAGGUUGAUACCAAGUUUCUUUUCAGUUCCUCCUUCAAAACCACUUAACCUUUCCUGUGAAUUGACACUGGUUGUGAAGUAGGUCCUUGUCCUGCCUGUCUGUUACCCUGUCUGAUUCUGUCCUUCCGGGAACCCCGGCUCUGCACCGCUCCUCGUCUCUCCGUCUACCCUUCCUCCCCGUCACCUCAUCUUCCCUUCAGCCUCUCCCUCACCUCCAUUUCCAACCUCCCUGCCGGUUGUGUGACUGCCUGCGGCGCUGCUGUUUUCAGGAGGUUCCUGACACUUCUGUCCCUUUAUGCACAAAUUAGGACUUUUAACCUCUGUCCCUGUAUGGUUUUAAAUGGUAAAUGGUUGGCAUUUAUAUAGCGCCUUCAUCCAAAGCGCUGUACAAUUGAUGCUUUUCAGUCACUCAUUCACACACAUACCAACGGCGAUUGGCUGUCAUGCAAGGAGCCAACCAGCUCAUCAGAGGCAAUUGGGGGUUAGGUGUCUUGCUCAGGGACACUUCCACACACCCAGGGCGGGAUCGAACCGGCAAGCCUCCGACUGCCAGGUGGCUGCUCUUACCUCCUGAGCCAAUGUCGCCCCGUUUUAGCCAAGCAAACGGCAUAACACAGCUAGAGUGACACUGAAAAAUCACAUUGUACUCAUUUGGACACCAUAAAGGUACCAGAUUGAAAGGUCACAAGAGGGGAUACAUUUUUGGGGCUUUUGGAACCUGGGUGAUGUUUGAAUUGAAUGUAUUUUUGAUGAUCUAUUCCAAGGUCCCAGUCUUUGUGAGUGUGUGUGUGUGUGUGUGUGUGUGUUUGAGAGAGAGAGAGAGAGACACACUCUCCGCUAAUGCUGGUACUCUUCCUGAAUUAGCCUCCUCCUGCUCCGCCUCGCCAGCUCAGUUCCUGUCACUGCCAGCCUGCUCUCGCACCUUCACUAACACGUCUAACCUCUGCCUCUCCUUCUGUUUUCUCUUCUCCCUCUUUGUCUGUCUGUCUUCUCUCUCUUCCUGUUGUAGGUUGUAGCCGCUGGCACGAGACAUAGGCAGAGCAAAGCCAGUAAGGCCCUGGGUCUGCCUUGCAUGCUCCCAAAAAACCCUUAAUUCCUUAAAAAAAAAAAGUUUGCAAAAGCUCCGCCCAGUGCAGAUACCGCUUCCACUAAUCCGCUGCCUGAUCUUCCACCAUCUACCCUUUUUUGUUUUGUUUUUUUCUGUAUUCUGAGAGGAGAAAAGGAAAUGUAAUUGAAGUCCCUGUGGCUACCUUUUUUCUUUUUUUUUGCGGUAUGGGCUCUUUGACCUCCCUUUCUCUCGCGGUACUCGUGCUGAAACGGACGUGUUUUAACCGGCCUCUUCCUGCUCUGGCUGCACCACAGAAUGAAGCUUUUUUUAUGUUUGUCGGCCCUGAGCGCGGAGCCGGAAUGGGGGAGGACUGGCGGGACCAGGACUGUUUCCCAUCAUGACGGGACCCCCCCUCCCCCAACCUCUCCCUGAAUCUCUCUCGCUUCCUUUGCGGUGUUUAUGCAAAACUUUGGCUUCUCAAAUGAUGCUCCCAGUGUGUGUUUUGUGUUUUUGUUCUUUUUGGUCUGUGCGUUUCUUUGGUCUUUUCGGUCUGCGGACCAAUGUAAGUAGCGGCUGAGAGCCCCAGUGUUGCACAUUGCCUUGAUGUCGCCGCGGUGAGAAAAGUUGUGUAUGGGCUCCGUUUCCACGGCUUUCGAAAUGCGUCUCAUCCCUCACUCCGAACGGUGUCCCCCUUCUCUCCCCCCGCCCCUCGUUCUCCAGGACUUGAAAGGAAAAGGCUUCAGGUAGCAUGCGGAACGGGGAGACAGUGCUAUUUCCCCUAGGAUGGGGCCUACGUGCUGUCAGAGUGGGUCAGUCUUGGUAAAACAAUGGUGAGAAGGAACCCUGCAGAUCACGCCCUGACUCCUUCAUAGCUCAGGUUGGCAUGGGUGAACCAGAUCAUUAAUUUCUGAAAGAUUCUAUACACAAAAAAUUAAGAACAUUGCUUUCUGCGCUUCAUUGGGAUUGGGACACACUGUCCUUUUCUUUUCUAACAUCCUGAAUGAGAUGGUGUGUUACGUAGGUUCCCUUGGUGUCAGAAAGUCAAAAGCAAAGAGCUUAAACAAGAGGAACAAGGAUGCCUUCUUGGCUUGAUGUAGUGGUAUAUAAGUUAGACUGUUCAGUUAGCAUGGGCGUGCGUUAGAUAAGUGUUUAGCUCUUCAAAAAAGGCUUUCACAUCAAGCAAAAAAAAAAAAAAAAGACAGCCACUUUACGCAAUGGUGUUGACAGUUGUACCCUUUGAAACAUUACCUCUUUUUGCGCUUGUGUGCGUAUGUGUUUUGUGUGCCUAUGUUUUGUGAGUGUGCUUGUGGUCAUGUGUAUGAGUGUGGGUGAAUUUAGAGGUUCAUUCUGUGAAAGACUGCAGUAAUUGAGGUGUUUUAUCAAAACUAUCAGUGCUAUAAAAUAUAUAAAUAUAUAUAAAUAUGGUUUUAUUUAAUGUACAGCUAACAUGAACCUUUUAAUAUUUGUACAAACAUUUUAUAUGAUACUAUAUGUCAUAACAUUUUUAAAUAGGUACUGCUGCCCUAUUACAGAUGUACAGACCUUUAUAUUUUUUUCAUGUACAAAGUACUAUUAAACAUAAAUUGUACAUUUUUUUAGAAUGGGUCAAUACAUGUUUUUUUAUGUCAUGUAAGGAUUCAUAUUUUUGUAUUGCAUGUGGCUACCAUUCUGUAAACACAGCUUUUGUUUUCAUCCUUGAAUGACAAUAAAACAAAGCUUCAGUCAUGUGACAA